CUUUCCUACCAACCGGAUUUUUUGGAUAUGGAUCCGGAUUCCAUUCUCGAGGAGAAUGCAAUCAUCACGGCCAAUGCGACAUGUGGAACAACUAGACGAGAGUAUUUCUGUCGUCUAGUGGAGCACGCGGAUGGGGCACUGUUAUACAGAAGAGAUCGACGUCAAAUUGAAACGUAUACACGGGAUGAGAAGUCAUUUCGUGACCCUAGUGGACAAUGGGUACAGUGUAGUUUCUGUGAUGCACGGGAUCCGCGAUUGAGUCAUCCGAUAGAAUACGUGCUUCGUGGUGAAUCGGAUCUUUGGUGGCAGAGCCCAUCAUUGGCCGAAGGGUUACGAUAUCAUGCGGUUACAAUUACCAUGGAUUUUAAUCAGGUAUACCAAAUCGUGUACGUGUUGCUACGAAUGGGCGACAGUCCGAGACCGGCGAAUUGGAUACUUGAAAGAUCUUUGGAUGGAAUAAAUUAUAAACCAUGGGUGUUCUUUGCCGAGAGUGAAUACGACUGUAAGAGAUUGUACGAGCCUCUCAUUAAUGGCCCAUUGACCGUGACUAGUGGACCAAGACCAUGGAAGCUGGAAGAUGAUGAAGUGUAUUGUACCACAUUCUACAGUCAACCUCAAGCGCUCCAAUCCGGUGAGAUCAUUGUGACCUUGACCUUGGACCGCGCAUCUACCAUCUCGGGAACUUCAGGAAUCGAACGCGCGAUAUCACCUAAGCUAAUUGAUUUUCUCUCGGCCAGAUACGUGCGACUACGCUUUCAGAAGCUUCAGACACUCUCCGGUGAUUGGAUGGCCAUGCCCAAUCAGCUGGACAGUUCUGUUUACAAUCGCGCAGCUGACGAAGAACUCGCUCUGGCUAUGGGCUGUGAUGUGUUAUAA